CAAAACCUGCGGAAUGAGGGAAAUAACCGGUCGGGCGGCUGCCAGGUACAGCCGGCUUAACCAGGAGUCCGAUUCUAGCGAGGCAGAAGGUGACGAAGUGGUUCUGUACAUCGACAACAACUACCAAGGCACGCGGGGGCACGCCUACCCUGGGCGGCCGUCUUGUUGUAGCGUCUGUUGCCACCUUCUUGCCUCGGUAAUUCUCAUCCUAGUCGCCACUGCCUUCGGUUUACCUGCCUGGAAAGCUUACCACGGCCAGCUACAAGACGGGCACCAUCCGCAUACGGGCUACUCCGUAUUCAAGCAUGCAGCAGUUGCCACUGACUCCUCGGAGUGUUCACAAAUCGGAGCAGACAUAUUGGAGAAGCGAGGUGGAAGUGCGGUGGACGCUGCCAUCGCUGCCUUGUACUGUCUUGGAAUCAAGCAUCCACACAGCGCAGGGAUAGGGGGAGGACUGUUCUUUGUCAUCUAUGACAGGUCGCGUGGAGCAGCAGAAGUUAUCGAUGCUCGUGAGGUUGCACCGGCAGCCGCCACCAUGGACAUGUUUGGUGACAAUAGAACACUGUCACAAGUUGGUGGUCUUGCUGUGGCUGUGCCAGGUGCAGUCAAAGGUCACAUGGAGGCUCACCAGCGCUACGGAAAGCUUCCCUGGGGUGAUCUCUUACAGCCCGCGAUCGAACUAGCACGAUCCGGAACCACCGUCGACAAGGCACUCGCACACGCGCUCAAAAGUGCUGAACACAAAGUAAAGGCAUCUCCUCUCCAAGACGUUUUUUGCGAUCAGGACGGCAAUGUACUUACAGAGGGCAAAAAGUACAAAAUGUCUGAUUUGUCCCGAACGUUAGACAGUAUAGCCAGGCACGGCGGGGAUGUGUUUUAUUCCGGAAACAUCGCAACGAACCUUGUCACAAAUAUCCAAAGCCAAGGUGGAAUUAUAGCCAAAGAUGAUUUUGAGAACUACAGAGUCAACCUAACAAGGCCAAAAUAUUCAGAAUUAAAGACAGCGGGUUUGAGAAUGAUUUCCACGGGUCCACCAGGUGGAGGGGCAGUGUUCGAAUUCAUCCUCAAAACGUUAGAAGAAUUCGAACUGAACCCGAAAAGUGUUGCAGGGGAAGAUCUGGCGAUCACGUUACACAAGAUAGCAGAGGUGUUCAAAUUUGCUGCCGCAGAAAGAACACAUUUAGGUGACCCACGUUUUGAAAACGUGGCUGAUGAAGUGGCUAAGCUAACGUCUGAUUCAUUUGCCGAGGAAAUCAUGAGAAAAAUCAAAAAUCAUGGACACCACACGAGCGACGACUCGAAAGGUUAUUACGGGGCACAAUUUUACAACGCAGAUGAUGCAGGAACCACGCAUGUCUCCGUUCUUGCGGCAAACGGUGAUGCCGUAGCGGUUACAAGCACGAUCAAUCAUUACUUCGGGUCGGGCGUUUAUUCGCCGUCUACGGGAGUCAUCCUUAACAACGAGAUGUCAGACCUCUCUAGCCCUGGUUUUCAUAGAAACGACAAGGACUUCCCACCGUAUUCCAAAAAAUUUUAUCAGGUCAGGAAGCGCCCGAUGUCGUCCACCUGCCCCACCAUCAUGAUUGACAGGAACCAGAACGUGCAGGUGGUCAUGGGAGCAUCAGGAGGCAUGAUGAUACCAACAGCAGCGGCGCAGGUUUUUGCCAACAUGGAGUGGUUUGGUAUGGACAUGUUAGAGGCAGUAGACAGUGGAAGAAUCCACCACCAGCUGGAGCCCAACGAGCUGUACAUGGAGCGGAAACUCUGGAACAACCACGAACUUGUGCACAAACUCUCGCACUGGGACUACAACCCCUCGCCUACAAUCUACGACGAUGGGAGCUACGCCGCGGUGCAGGUUAUAUGGAGGGAGGGGGCGGAAAUACAAGCGUGCAGCGAUCCGCGAAAAGGGGGCAAACCAGCGGGGUACUGAGGGGGUGGUUCAUUUUUUGUCAUACCUGGGUCAUUCUUAUGUUUGAUACAAGUGUUCUGGGCCUGUCAGUAUUUUACUUUAUCAUGCCUUCUAGUUGUUUUACAUGGGCUUCCAUAGAAUAAAAUCAAUGUAUUGUACUGAAAAUUCAAAUACCAGAUUCAGAUUUAGAAGUAAUGUAUUCUGUACAUUCAUGGGGGGAUGGUGCAAAAUAGCUGUCAAAUGAGAGUGUAUUGUGGUGAGCUGAGAUGUGGUGAGCUGAGAUGAGUAAAAACUAAGAAAUGUGUUGUGUCUGGAUUUCAGCACCAAGGACAACACUAACUCUCAUACACAACAACAUGUGCACAGGACUUGGUGAUGUCAUCUCUGCGAGAACAAAAAUAGUGCACAGGACUCAGUGAUGUCAGCAAAUGUAGGAAGGUUACAUGCUUCACAAUACAAUGUUAUUUAUUCACCCAUUUUUUUUUUACAAAAUCACAAAAUUCAUCUUUUUUUUUUAAACAAAAAAACUAGUAAUUCAGUCCUCUUAAAACAUCAAAACCUCUUAUGGUUUGUCUGUCCAGCAUGGGAUUGUACAAUAUUUAUCUGGGAAAAGUUAAGCCUUUUUAUAUUUUGAGUUUGCACAAAGUGUUCAAUAUCUUUACGAUGUAUAUUCCAAAGAAGUUGUGAUUUUUCUAAAUUUUUUCUAAUUGAAUAUCAACAUAUCAGAGAUGAAUUAUUUUGUAUUUUGAUAAUCAUGAAUAAGAUCCCUAUUUGUACUUUGGUUUGCAGAUGAAUUACAUGUAUAAAUUUUUUUGCAAUUUGACAAAGUGUGAAAUGUACCAAAGUGCCUACCACAUGCAAGAUUGUGGUGAAAUAUCUAUGCAUUGACAACCAAGAAUUACCAAAUAGGUGACUGUAUAUUUUGAAUAAUUUCAUAAUUUUUAUAUAUAUGCAGGGAUUUGUACAAGUUGUUUGUAUUUUUUACUGUGAUAUGGUUGGAACUUUUGCUGCUUAAUAUUUGUGACUGAGCUUUUUUUCAACUGUCACAAAAAUUGUCAAAAAUGGAAGGUACUACAAACAAUGUAUAUAUAAUAACUAUGCAAUACAUAAAGUUAAAUGUAUGUCGUGACUUUGUAUGUGAUUUAAGACAUGCAGUACCUUUUUUUCUUCUUGUAAAAUUUAGUUUUUGGUUUUUUUAUUGGUGUGCAGAAGAAUUGUAAUUCAUGACUAUUCUCCAAGCAGAUAUUGGAAGACA